AUGUACUCGCGCGCCACCGAUACUCCAAACGUUCCAGGGGGUAGUCUCGAGCUCACGCCUCCAUGGAAGGAAGGCGGGCUUGGGAAAUACUCUGGCCAGCCAAUCGUUGUAUUUGGAGGCUCGAGCUCUGUCGGACAAUUUGUGCUUCAACUCGCGAAGCUGUCCGGCUUCUCGCCUAUCAUCACCACGGCGUCCGCGCACAACACUGCUUACUGCAAGCUCGCAGGCGCAACCCACGUCAUCGACUACCGUGCCGUCCCAUACACAGAGCUCGGCCGAGCUGUCGCGGAUAUCACGAACGAGCCCGUCGAGGUCGUUUACGACGCUGUAUCGACGCCUGAUUCGCAACCGGCUGCGUUGGCCUUGCUAGCACCAGGUGGUGGUAUGAUCGUUACGGGCCCAUCGCAGGUCGGCACCUUGAACAGGCGUAACGCUGAUGACAAGCUCAUUGUGAUGGCCGGGGGAAAUGCGAACAACGAGCCCAAGCGCGAGUUCACGACGGGAAUGUAUAAGGCGCUUCCAGGUCUUCUUCGUGAUGGCCAUAUCAAGCCUAACACUGUCGAGGUGGUAGCCGGAGGGCUGGAAGGUGUGCGCGAGGCCUUGCAGAGGGUCGUGAAGGGCGUCAGCGGCAUCAAGCUAGUGGUUCGUCCCCACGAGACCGCAUGA